GGACGCACCACAGCGCGGGGCGCGCGCGCACCCCUGAUCUCUCCACCUGCCCAGCACAGCCAUGCCCAGAAGGACCUUCUGAGCGCACAGGGCACGGGAGAGGCCAGCCCGCGGGACGCCCUCGAGGGAAGGCUUUCUUUCUGUCCUCGUGCCUCCUUCCCUCCCCGUGUCCCCCUGCCCCGGGGCCGGCGCCUCUGCCACCAUGGUCCGGAAGCCGGCCGUGGCCACCAUCUCCAAAGGCGGUUACCUGCCGGGCAGCGCGAGCGGACGGCUGCCGUCCACAGGGGCCCGGGCCGCCUCCGGCCGGGAGAGGGUGGUCCUGAAGAAGAAGAUCACCCUGCUGCGGGGGGUGUCCAUCAUCAUCGGCACCAUCAUCGGGGCCGGCAUCUUCAUCUCGCCCCGCGGCGUGCUGCAGAACACGGGCAGCGUGGGCCUGUCCCUCACCGUGUGGACCGUCUGCGGGCUGCUGUCGCUCUUCGGGGCCUUGUCCUAUGCAGAGCUGGGAACAAGCAUAAAGAAAUCUGGUGGCCAUUACACAUAUAUUCUGGAGGUCUUUGGCCCUUUACUGGCUUUUGUGCGAGUCUGGGUAGAACUGCUCAUCAUUCGGCCUGCAGCGACUGCUGUGAUAUCCCUGGCAUUUGGACGCUACAUCCUGGAACCCUUUUUUAUUCAUUGUGAGAUUCCUGAACUUGCAAUCAAGCUCAUCACGGCGGUGGGACUAACAGUGGUGAUGGUUCUCAACAGCACGAGCGUCAGCUGGAGUGCUCGGAUCCAGAUUCUCCUCACCUUCUGCAAGCUCAUGGCUAUUCUGAUCAUUAUAGUCCCCGGAGUGGUGCAGUUAAUUAAAGGGCACACACAGCACUUCAAAGAUGCCUUUUCAGGAAGAGAUGCAAGCAUCAUGGGCUUGCCCCUGGCUUUUUAUUAUGGAAUGUAUGCGUAUGCUGGCUGGUUUUACCUCAAUUUUGUUACUGAAGAAGUAGAAAAUCCUGAAAAAACCAUCCCCCUGGCCAUCUGCAUCUCCAUGGGCAUUGUCACCGUGGGCUACGUGCUCACCAACGUGGCCUACUUCACCACGCUCAGCCCCGAGGACCUGCUGCUCUCCAAGGCCGUGGCCGUGACCUUUUCGGAGCGGUUGCUGGGGAAUUUCUCAUUAGCAGUUCCCAUCUUUGUUGCCCUCUCCUGCUUCGGUUCCAUGAACGGCGGUGUGUUUGCUGUCUCCAGGCUGUUCUAUGUGGCGUCGCGAGAGGGUCACCUUCCUGAGAUCCUCUCCAUGAUUCACAUCCGGAAGCACACGCCUCUGCCAGCCGUGAUCGUCCUGCAUCCUUUGACAAUAAUAAUGCUGUUUUCUGGAGACCUCUACAGUCUUUUGAAUUUCCUCAGUUUUGCCAGGUGGCUUUUUAUUGGGCUGGCAGUUGCUGGGUUGAUUUAUCUUCGAUACAAACGCCCAGAUAUGCAUCGUCCUUUCAAGGUGCCGCUGUUUAUCCCAGCUCUGUUCUCCUUCACCUGCCUCUUCAUGGUGGUCCUCUCCCUUUAUUCCGACCCGUUCAGCACGGGCAUCGGCUGUGUGAUCACGCUCACCGGGGUGCCUGCCUACUAUCUCUUUAUUAUAUGGGACAAGAAGCCCGGGUGGUUUAGAAGAGCCUCAGACAGAAUAACCAGAACAUUACAGAUAAUACUGGAAGUUGUGCCAGAAGAAGAUAGUCAGAAAUUGUGAACUAAUGCAUUGAAAUCUUAGCAAUCUGCCAGGACAGGAAGGCAAUAUGGAUCUAUACUUCAUUUUCUGGAAAUCCAGAUAAACGCCACUUUGUCAAUGGACAGAAAGAAUUGGUUAUUUCAUGUCUUCUAGUUAUUCAAACUAAUUUCUGAGAAAUUUAGCUAUAACUCCAUGAAAUUGAAUAUGUACAUUGUGACUCCCGUUCAUCAUCGCUCUUUCGUGUCUCAUGCUUUCCUGUUGGGCUUUAGGAAAAAGACUCAGGGAGUGGCCCACAGCUUCGACGGCUGUUCCCUCUAACAGAUCUUGUCCUGACUAAGAGCCUUCAAAUUGAAGACUGAGGUGUUUUCUGUAUAUACGGUUUUAUACACGUGGUUUACCUACUGUAGGUGGCUGUACUGUGAAAAAUGUUUUCUGUUCUUCUGAAAAGAAAAAGAACACAGGUCUGAUGAUUAUGGCAAGGUGGAAAGGAAGGAACUUACUUUCCGUUGCCGUGCAUUUCUUCCUUUAGAAAGCAAGCUGAGCAUCACUCAUAUUCCAAUGGCUUCUAUGCAUGGCGCAGAGGGGCCUCUACCAACGUAGCCAAUACGUUAAAGACUCUCUAGGAGCUGUUGUUUGUCCCUGAGGUAAUUCUAGGGAUCAUGGUUGAGUAAAUAUCCUUUAUUAUGUCAGAUGAUAGGAAUUUCUAUGGUUAUUGGAUUUUCACCUCAGGUCAUUAUGAUAAAAAAUUUGUGUCCACCUCUUUAAUAAUUUAAUUCUUGGUGUACUUAUCUAAAUACA